UGGCUGGCAGCACUGGUUGGUAGGCUUUUCCGAAUCGCCGUUAGCGAAAAGUUUUCAAAUGUUUAAUUAAAUGUAAACUUCGCGGUCAAAUAAUGAAUAAAACUCUGUAAAACGGGUGGCGGGGAAACGAUGUGUGUUUGAACACGGCGUAAAAAUUGGAGGAAGACAGACACAGAGCGUAAAUAAAGGAAGGUAGUCGAAAAAAUCGAUUUUUUUCGUGCAGGAUGCUGUUUUAAAAGGAUCUAUUAAUAGGUUGUAGAGAAGAGCCCCGAAAUGCCGGAAAACCUGGAGCUGCAACAGUUCCAGGAGGGCGCCCCGCCCCCAGAUCCCGCCCCCCGUUGGUUGGAGCGCCUGCAGCGUCGAUUGGGCGCCAAUUGUCCAUACUUGGGCAUCCUGCUGGCCACGCUAUCCUCGCUGUUUUUCUCCCUAUGCUCGGUGAUUGUCAAAGGACUGGUUGAUGUGAACCCCAUGGAGCUGGCAUCGUUUCGAUUUGUUGGUGUCCUACUGCCGGCUCUGCCCAUCCUGAUUUACACCCGACAACCGGUGUUUCCAGAGGGCAAGCGGGUAAUCCUGAUGCUGCGCUGCUUUAUGGGCACCACAGGGCUUAUGCUCAGUUUUUAUGCCUUCCGGCACAUGCCACUGGCGGAUGCGAGUGUGAUCAUCUUCUCAACGCCUGUUUUUGUGGCCAUAUUUGCGAGGGCCUUCUUGAAGGAACCUUGCACGCUCUUUAAUGUGUUAACCAUAAAUUUAACUUUGGUCGGAGUGGUCCUGAUAACACGACCGCCCUUUCUCUUUGGAGGUUCUGGAGAGAGCGAGGAUGUUUCUGGCAAGACUUACGACAUUUGGGGACCCGUGGCCGCCAUAUCAUCCACCCUUUUCGGUGCCAAUGUGUACAUUCUGCUACGUGCCCUGAAGAACCUGCACUUUUCCGUGAUCAUGACGAAUUUCGGAACAGUUGCCCUGGUCUACACACUAAUCGUUUGCGGAUCCAUUGGAGCGGUUUGCUGGCCCAGCUGCGGACGGGAUCGAUGGCUGGUCGUUGUGCUGGGCGUGUUCAGCUUCCUGGGACAGAUCCUGCUCACCCUAUCACUGCAGAUCGAACAGGCUGGACCGGUUGCCAUUGCUCGCUGCGCGGACAUUGUAUUCGCCUUCAUCUGGCAGAUGCUGUUCUUCGGGGAAACGCCCACCGCCUAUUCCCUGGUGGGUGCCGUGAUGGUAAUUGGAUCUGUGGUCCUGACGGCCCUCAAAAAGUGGGCAGGCACCCUGCCACGGGAGUCCUCGCUGAGGAAACGAUUUAGGCUCAUUCUCCUGGAAUAGAGGUUCCACUUCAGUUAAAGAUGUUCGCGGUUUCUCCCCGUCUUGUCAUCGUUCUCACCUAAUCCCCGCCAGCAUUAUCAGCAGGCACCACACCAGUUCAUUCAUCAUAGACUUAACUUAUAUCAAGGCUCAGAUCGUAGUUUAAUCAAAAGAAUUAAGAAGGUACGCGUGAUAACCACUCCACUCAUAAGAAAAUACUCGUAGUACGUGUUUAGUUUAGCCAAUUUCGCCGAUUUGUUGUUUUGUACAUUGUUAUACAUGCUUAACAUACGAUAAUAAAUACAACUUAUGAUUAAAACAGCAA